CUUUUCCUUGUGUGGUAUAUAUGAACCUAAGCAGUGCUGGAGAAGCGUGCGAAAGCGUGACAGGAAUUGUUUUGUUGUCGGUGAUAAAGCAUUUUUAUCCAGCAAUUAUCUAGAGCUGCGGUUAUUUUGUUAUGAAUUAAAGUGAUUUUAUUCUGUAAAACUGAAGUGCUAAAUUAACACGAUGUCUUCGAAAACGACAAUACGUGUUGGAUCAAGGAAAAGUCAACUUGCCCUUAUUCAAACCAGACAUGUUAUUGGACUGCUGGAACAACUUAACAAGGAUGUGAAAUUUGAAAUAGUAACUAUGAGCACUUUGGGGGACAAGGUUUUGGAUAUCCCUUUACCAAAAAUUGGGGAGAAAUCUUUGUUUACCAAAGAAUUGGAAACAGCCCUUUCUAAUGGGCUUGUAGACUUUGUUGUUCAUUCUUUGAAGGAUUUACCAACUACUUUGCCUCAAGGUAUGGCAAUUGGAGCAGUAUUAGAAAGAGAAGAUCCAAGGGAUGCAUUGGUGCUGAGGAAGGAUAUGAAAGACUUGGAUUUAAAUACAUUACCAGAGGGUAGUGUAAUUGGAACUUCUAGUUUGAGGAGAGCAGCACAGUUAUCUAGAAAAUAUCCUCAACUGAAAAUUGCCGAUAUACGAGGAAAUUUAAAUACGAGACUGAAGAAACUUGAUGAAUUGGAUACUUUCAAAGCUAUUAUUUUGGCUACAGCUGGAUUGCAAAGAAUGGGUUGGGACAGCAGGAUAUCAAAAAUUUUAGAUACAGAUGAGAUAUUAUAUGCUGUUGGUCAAGGUGCUUUAGCUGUUGAGUGUAGAGCCAAUGAUGAAGAUACUAUUAAAUUAUUGAAGCCCCUCUAUGAUGCCCAAACAGCAAUUAGAGUGAACACAGAGAGAACAUUCUUGAAAACUCUUGGAGGCGGAUGUAGUGCCCCAGUUGCUAUAAGUACAGAUAUCAUCAAUGAUCAUGGCAUACAUAAUCUUGUAGUAAAGGGGGGCGUAUGGUCUUUGGAUGGAAAAGUGGAAAUGAUUGAAAACGAUGAAAUAAAGCUGGAUUUAGCGAAGACUAAACAAUGUAGCAGUUGUCCUUAUAAUAAUACACAAAAGGCUGUGUGCACUAAAGAUUAUUGUCCUAAAACUGACAUAGAAUGUUUAAAUGGUUGCGCAUUUAAAAACGAUGAUUGCGAAUAUGACAAACCAAGGAAAAUGAUGAAAAUUGACGUAGGAGCGAAUAAAGAAGACAUUCCUAUAGAGCUAUUGAAAAAUGAUCCACAUGAACACUGCCCAAUUCCUCUACCAGUUGGUGCUGAUUUUAUGGGGAAAUGUCCAUUCCUUGAAUCGACGACAUCUAAUGGGAAGCAUGUCAAAGUAGAUGUCUCUAAACCUGAAGGCCUAGAUAUUUCCAAAUGUCCGUUUUUCCAUAACAAAGAAAUACCGAAAAACGAUGUGACAACCAGCGAAAAUGAACAAGCAAAUGAUACCAAUUUAUAUUGUGGAUUGGUACCACAUGAUGACUUGCCUGAAGCCGUUAUGAAAAACGCAGAGAAAUUAGGCAUACGAUUGGCUCAAAAAUUAAUAAGCGCAGGUGCUUUAGAUGUAAUGGCCAAAUCACAAGCAAUAAUCAGAAACUCUUGAUUUUGUUUAGAGUUACAAAAUAAAAAUUUUAAUCAUUCUUAGGGGUGCAUGGAAGUGAAUGUUAUAGUC